AUGGAGCAGUCAAUGUUGUCAUUUGUCUUGACACAUUUACCGGACAACUGGGACACAAAUGUCUCGUACAAAACUAGCACUGUGUUUGAAGUCAUUUUAUGCAGGUCGAAAAAUGCUGGUGAAUACGAGUCGGUCGAAUCCAUGUUUUAUGGCGCUAACAUCAGUCAGAUUUCAAGGGUGCAGAACCCGUUUCAGUAUGGAAGGUACAUGUUGAGGCGUGAAAUGCUUAAUUCUACUUAUGAAAAUACUGUUUUUCACGCCGUUCAUAAGGACGAUUUGAACACGGCGUUGAAAUUUAACUGCGAUUAUAGAAGAUAUUCCAGGAAACGAGAGGGGAUUUAUGAAAACUCUCAACAUCCGAUGUUUUAUAAUUCAUUCUCGGAUUUGAUAAACAAAAUUAUACAUCCUAUUUCAGACAUCAAUGUCUUAGUUUUAAAAAUAAUGACUAAAGCACCAAAGACACAGUGCGAUUAUUAUAUCCAGUAUGUUGUUGAAUUUUGA